AUGAGCGAUGGCCAUGGCAGCGCACCCGACUUCGCUGCUCGGCUGAGAAGCGUGCAGCACAUCUGUCGAUGGUGCAUGGCCGGCAGCAGACGUGUCACAGACAGCAUCGCCCUCAACCUCACACUGACUGAGCUGGGCAUCAAGUCGGCAUACCUCCUGGACGAGAUCGUGCUCAGCCUGCAACAAUGCACUGCGCUCCUGCAAGCUCUUGGCCCAGAUAGGAGGACGUUGAAACUGCUCUACGACCCUGACACCCAGACCGCUCUGUUCUGCAACACCAUUCUCCUCCAAGAUAUGCAGGGCAAGCUUGACAAGAUCUUGUACGUCAAUGCAAGCAAGUCGUACAAGCCCACACGGUGCGAACGACCGGAGUGGCUGACUUCGUGCGCCGUUACAUCGCUCGAGCGCGAUUUUGGGAUUGUGCGGAGCUCCUCAACGGCUAUCCAGUACCGUCGCCGACUCGUCACACUGGUCGGCGUCCUGCUCGGCUACCCUUACGUUUACUGUUUCGACGAUGAAGACUUGGGCGAGAUGAACAACCUCGGGAGUGAACCGCUCUGCGUCAUCAGUGCCUGGCUCUCGGCGGACCUAGCAGAUCAUGCUGACAGCUCACGGAAGAAGCAGCUACGCCACAAAGUUUUGUCCUUCUCUGUUCCGGUCUGCCUGCGAGCCAACAAUGAAGAGCUCGCUGCUGCUGUCCUCGCAACCCUAAGGGCUCGCUUGACUGAUUGCCCAUUGCAGCAUCAGAUCGACAUAACCCCCAUGGCAGAUCCCCAUGCUCCCAUGGCUGCCGGUGUCGUCACGCCUGCCAGCGAUUCGGGCGUCAGCGGGCUCGCAGACAGUCGGCCGACUGAUAGCAAGCCUGCAAAGCCCGCGAUGGUCAAAAGACGGUCGACCUACAGCCCAGAUGCGCCUGGAACAGCUACAGACCUCCUCCUCAACAGCGGAGGUCAUACCGAGCGGGCAAAGGCGAGUAUCGAAGUCUCAACCCUAGCUGCGCGCAGUCGAAGUACUUCACGCGCACCUAGCCUGCACCUGACUACGCCCUCGCUGUCCCGUCAGCCGAGCCAAGAUCUCAUCUCGACUGCGACAAGUGCUUCGUCAGAGACCGGUCAGGCCGAUCAGGAUCGAAUCGGCAGACGACGCGUCCGUCAGAUAGCACGCGAGCAUGAUGCCGACAGUACACCUCGAGUCGCUUCGAGAGCAUCGACGCCUGCACGCCCCAAAGCCACACUCGCUCAAUCGCUGCCCGCGACCUUGUCAUACGUCAAUGAGCCGCUCAAGAUCGAAGAGGCAAUAAGGCUCCAAGUGAGAGAGGAGCCAAGGCUGGUCAAGACACUGGACGAAUCAAUAUUGCCCGAGGGUAUUGGAGACUAUACCUUUGUGCCCGCCAAUCAAGGCGGCGUGCUCGGCAAAGGCAAGUUCAGCAGCGUCCACAUUGCGCUCAAAGGUCACAAGAAGUAUGCUGUCAAGCAUACGGCGCUUUACCCACACCAUCCACUGAUUGCCUCUCGACUGUUACGAGAGCCCGCUAUUCUUGCUGAACUGCCACACCAUCCCAACCUGAUUCGCGUCUUCGAAACCAUCAGGACGCCUGGUCAUUUCUAUCUCGUUGAGGAAUACUUGCAGGGCUACAUCAAUCUCGAAGAAUACGUCGUCACGUUUCCAGAUCACAAGCUACCACUGUCAGUUGCAACCUCUGUCCUCAAUCAGCUCGUUUCCGUCGUUCGAACCGGUCUUCACUCGCGCAUACAAGUCUGCCAUCGUGAUAUCAAGCCAGAGAAUGUCUUGAUCAACCCGUCAAGCUUGCACGUUGUCCUAUUCGACUUUGGUCUUUCAACUCACUAUUCAGACUCAGAGGCGAAGCUCACGACGUGCUGUGGCAGUCCUGCUUACCACUCACCGGAGCUCUUCCUGAGUUUGAAGCGACCGCCUGGCAGCGUUCGAUACCACGGACCUGAGAUCGAUAUAUGGUGCAUCGGAGUCACGCUACUGAGAUGCCUGACCGGUCAAAAGUAUCCUCUCGGAAUCAGCUCGAAUUCACUCCGGCACAUGUCAGACAAGAGUAUAGAUGCGCUGCUUUCGGUCGAGUAUAGGGGUCUACGUCGAGUCCUUGCCGGCUUUCUCGAUAUGGACGGACCAACACGUAUGCAAGCAUUUGCACAGUACACGCUAGAAGGUCUAGACGAACCACAACAGUCCGGCGAGGCCGCACGAGACGGUAAUGACAGCCUUUCGGUCAAGGUCAAGUUCAAGAGCACGACAUUCGUCAAGUGUGACGCCACGCAUACAUUGUACUUGCCUAUCGUUUUCGCGCCAACAGGAAGCCCCUCGGACUCGCCUCAGCUUGACAGCAAGGAUGCCUCUGGAUUCUCGGCCAGCUUCGAGGAGGUCGAGCGUGGCCGCCGCCCAUCGAGACAAGAUUCACCGCCGGCCCUGCCGGCGAUCAGUGACAUGCAGGCGAAUUUGCAGACCUCUGGCCUGAAUGCCGACCAAGCAUGUCUGACUCUGGAUAAUCCUACGGCUCAGCCAUUCGACAGGACGGUAUCGUUUCUUAAGUAUGCCUUGCGUUGCGCUGGCAUACUCUAUCAUGUCGUCAGUCACGGCACAACUGUGAGUGGAGCCAGCUCUCCAUCAGCCUCACCGUAUUCUUCCGUCGACCUCGAGCAGCGGCAAUCUUAUGCGAUGACGCCGCUCGUUGCAUCUGCACAAGGCGACACUGUCCAUUUGCGCUGCGUCAUCGAGCUGGACGAAUCAACGUACCAGCGUCUGUCAAUCAAGUCACAAGCUACUAGCGCACUCCAAGCCGCGCUGAAGCGGCCAGCAUUGCAAAGAGCCAUGACAAGCCAUCGCUCAUCAUCCACACCGCCCUUGCGCGACAAAGCAAGCAAAGAGUCUGACAAGACUUCCAGAUCACCCAGAGUCUACUGCAUCGCAUUUUGGUUGUCCUUCUCUGGCGUCAUGACUCUGCCUACCACGCCAGCACGCGUGAAGCAGCCCCGAAGUCGCAAGUCGAGCAAUGCACCUGACACCAGCUCGUCUGCUCCCAGUCAGAUCGUUGUACGCGCAUCCGACACUCGCAUCAUAGAACACGUACAGAGCGCCCUGUCCAUCGGUUCGCGGCUGUCAACAGCAUCCCACUCACCAACGCUUGCUUAUCGGCCGAGCAAGACGCGAGCAAGUCAUCGUCAGAGCCUCGUCAUCGAGACCAAGGCAAGACCCGCUCACACGCGAUCUGUAUCGGUCGACGUGCUCGCACAGCGUCUUGCAAGCGAGGAUGCUCCCACCACGCCGUCGCUCGCACCGAGCCCAGAGGAGGUUGGUGCGAUAGGACCGCUCGGUCGCAUUCUCAACUUCGCACGCGGCGCCAUACCUACGAGGCAAGUUGCUGGCAGUACAAAGCUUGCAGAGGCAGAAGGUGCUCGUCUGCAAUCGACUGCCGAGCAAUUAUCUCAUGCGCGACACGCGGCUCGUGGAGAGCCGGAUGCGAGUCCAACUGGAACAGAUGCUAGCAAGGCCGCAAGCGCUAUCCUGGCGCAAGAUGUGCACAUCUGUCAUGACACGGCUGGGCUGCACGCGUCGUCUUUGCGCUUUUUCCUUCGCUCAGCGACGAGGCAACGCCCUGCCAUGCUUCUCCGUGCCAUCCUCGCGCUAGCAUCGCAUGCUAUUCUUCUUGUCCUCGCAAUCCCCACCGCGAAUCAACAUGACCAACUUGGAGAGGACACCGCAAUCAGCAAGGCCGCGCUGACUACAAAACUUUUCAACGCAAUCGAGGAUGUCGCUGCCAUCAAUCAUGACGGUCUCGUUUUCGAGGCGAUCUGCACCAUUCCGGUCAACCGGCAGCCGCCUCUGAGCAUCAAGACCGUCGGCGAAGGCUCGCUAUACUUUCUCACCAAAGGCAGGGAGGGCAUCAAGCUUAAUUGGCAAACACCCACGAUCAUCAAGACAGAGCUCGGAGGUCCCGAGGGCGACAAGCAGUCUGACGCCAACUAUCUCCUCGAGCUCAUUCUACUCGGCGCAUAUCCCCCAGGACACAAAGAUCGAGGCUUGGCUCGAGUGCAAAUCAUGGCCAGCUGGCUGUGGUGCCUACUUCGAGACAAGUCCGUAUCUCUGCGUCGAGAUCGCAGGGUUACUGAUGAGCGGUGGUCAGAGAGAUACGAUUGCGUUGUGUCGCUGCCCGCCUCCUAUGUGGCCAAUCAGGAUUCGGCGGUCUGA